AUGCCAGCGCCCCGCGCCCUUGUCUUCCACGGUGAUCGUCCGGAGCCCGUGGAGGGCGGUCGCCCGACACCGCCUACUUCGUCCGGUACAGGCGUCACCCACUUUGUGUCCCGCGCCGUUUUCCAACGAGAACGACCUCGUGUACUCGUAGAUCGAAAGCUUUUCCGUGCGCCCUUCAAAGGUCCUUUACAUUUCAGUGGGGCAACUGAAGGACGUGAGGUCCGCGAUGUUAGCCAAUACGACAUCCGGCCCUAA